CGCAGAUUUUCACGCCCAUGGAAAUCAAGUGACCUGAUUCUUCAAGUCGAAGACAGGGAAUUUCAUGUUCAUCGAGCCGUUUUGAUGGUGUGUUCGCCAGUCUUCGAGGCGAUGUUGUCUUCAGAGUUCAAAGAGAAAUCUGCCAAAAAAAUACCACUUCCGGGCAAAGAUGCGACAGAAAUAGAGCAGUUGCUUCAAGGUAUUUAUCCUGAUGAGGAUCUCUGGAUUUCAAAGGAAAACUGUCUUUUCCUUCUGAAGCUUUCCACUGAAUAUCAAAUUGAUCGAUUGAAAACCCGCUGCAAGGAAUAUUUGAGCUACUGGCGCCGAGAUGGCAUGAACAUAGACGAAGCAGUGGAAGUGAUAAUCGUGAGCGAAAAUUAUUCUGUCGAAAAAUGGAUAGUUGAACGAUGUGUGGAUCAGUUUGUGUCGCAGACAGAUAAGAAAUGGGUGCAGUUACAGAAACAUAAGCGUUUCUCCGAAUUAGAACCUGCAACAGUCAAGCACGUCACAGAGGAAAGAGUGGACUACUUGGAGCGAAGAUUGAAUAUUGUUCACAUGCCAAUUUGAUGAGCCUCAGUGUGCACCUGACCGAAAGUCCUUUCCGAAAUGCCAUAGAUGUGAAUCUGUUGAUGACAUAAGGAACAACUUUAGAGUUUAGGCGUAUAUUUAUGGUCCUCACCCUACCAAACCAGACAGUUUUUCUCUACAAUGACUAAUCUAAGUAGAAACACGUGUAUCGCAGAACCACGUGAAGCUGGGGAGGCCGAUAAAAUGCCUGGGAUGGGAGGGUGGGAGAGAAAUAGA